GAAGCUUAAAGGGCAAUGGAGUAUUUCAACAAAACGAAAGGUGUGAAGCUACGCAGCCACCUGGGAAAGUACCUAGUAUCCGACGAAGAGCACCACAAACUCCGUCAAAGCCGAAAAGCUUCCACAAUAUGGGAGGUUCAACUACCCACAGGCAAGAACCACCGUGUGCGCCUCAGAAGCUCCAACGGCCGUUACCUAACGGCCACCGACGCACCCUUUCUCUUGGGCGUCACGGGAAACAAAGUGCUUCUCGCUAAUUUCGACGCAGGUUUGGAUUGGAAAUUCGAGUGGGAACCCAUACGAGAGGGGUUCCACGUGAAACUGAGAAGUUGGUGUGGGAAGUACCUUAGAGCCAACGGUGGGACGUUACCGUGGAGAAACUCCGUAACGCAUGAUGACCCUUAUAGCUCCGUUACGCAUAAUUGGAUCCUCUGGGACGUCGAACCUGUCCAUCACUUUCCUCACAAAAUGCUUUCCUUUACGGAGUCUGAAGAUGACCUUUCGCCUUCCCAAGAACCGGUUUCCAAUGUGCAGACAAGGGAUUCGAGCAUGAGGUCAGGGAUGGAGUUCUUCCACCGGGCGAAGGCGGUGCGUCUGCGGAGCCACCACGACAAGUACCUCCACGCGGACGACGACGAGGAGUCCGUCACGCAAGACCGGAACGGCACCUCCCGUAACGCCAAGUGGACGGUGGAGCUCAUCCCGGAGUUCGACAGCAUCAUAAGGCUCAAGAGCUGCUACGGCAAGUACCUCACGGCGUCCAACAUGCCGUUACUGCUCGGCGUCACGGGGCGGAAGGUCGUGCAGAGCGUGCCGCGCCGCCUCGACUCCUCCGUCGAGUGGGAGCCCGUCCGCGACGGCGCCCAGGUCAAGCUCAAGACGCGCUACGGCAACUUCCUCCGCGCCAAUGGGGGGUUGCCGCCGUGGAGAAACUCGGUGACCCACGAUAUCCCGCAUAGGAGCGCCACACAGGAUUGGAUCUUGUGGGAUGUUGAUGUUUUGGAGAUCCACGUUGAGUCCCCUGCUCCUCCUCCCAUUCCGCACUCUGAUUCCCUCGAUUUUGACUCCUCUACUCCUUCUGCUGUUUCCAUCAAAUCUACGACUUUCUCCAGACAAGAGUCGACGGAUUCAAAUGUGGGUUCGCCACCUAAGAUGGAAGGGAGGACUAUAUACUACCAUGUUGCUGAGGAUAAUGGGGAUGUGGAUGAUGAGAACGUGCAGGGUUAUUCUUUGAAUUUCAAAGGGAAUGGGGUUGAGCAGUUGACUCGCAAGUUUGAGGAAGAGACGGGGCUUGAGGGUGUUAUUGUGUGUACUCGAAGUCCUUUGAAUGGGAGACUCUACCCUCUUCGAUUGCAGCUUCCUCCAAACAAUGUGACCAUGCAGGUUGUUUUGGUUCUUCCCUCGUCUAAAGUGGCAAAAGACUUUAAGGAGCAAGGUUUACUAUGACAAGUGGAACCUUGAAUCUAUUGAAAUGCAGGGCCUAUGUACGUUGUGAUCCAAGCGUGUUUCAAAUUUUAUGUGAUAACAUUUAAGAAUAUGUUGGAAAACUCCACUUAUUUUAAGUGAGUCCAUUGCAUUUAUAAAGCAGAAUUCAUCAAGGUCGAAUGGAGGUACCUUAAAGUUGUCCUGAAAAGGCCAUAUCAGCAAUAUCCUCUCCUCUAUUAAGUGGUGACCAACGGGUUGUAGACGAUUCUGAUGGAGAUACAAGUCUUUGUUGAACAUCAUAUUUAUUAGCGCUAGCUUUAAUCUUAGCCUAUUCAUGUGGACUCAGAUAUUUGUUGUUUCUCUCUGGUAAUUUUCUGUUUUUCAUGUUUUUUUUUUUUUUUUU